AACUUAAUCCAUAACCCCGGGAAAACAACAGAACCAUUCAGCAGAGAAUCCUGAGCAAGGUGUAGUGGAACGUGGAGACUGCGGCACAACAUUGGACUAUAGUGGUACCAUUAGGUCCUAGCGCAAUGGUUCUCCCGAGAAGAUAUUUUCCAAUUCAUGUGGCACUUUUUUGUUGGCUAGAAUGGACUCAUAUAUCAGCCUUCAACCUGGAUACCUUGAAUGUCCUGAGGAAAGACGGUGAACCGGGCAGUUUAUUUGGGUUCUCUCUAGCCAUGCACCGGCAAUUUAUUCCUUCAGAUAAGAGAAUACUGUUGAUUGGAGCACCAAGAGCCAAAGCUCUGGCCAACCAGAGAGCCAACAUAACCGGAGGCCUGUACAGUUGUGACAUCACCACAGAAUCCGAUGACUGCGAUCGCAUCGAUUUUGACAAUGAAGAGGAUGUGAGAGUUGAGAACAAGGAGAACCAGUGGAUGGGGGUGACAGUUAACAGCCAGGGCCCCGGAGGGAAGAUUGUGACCUGUGCUCAUCGCUACCAGAGACGUCUGUUUGUGGACACUGCUCAGGAGUCCCGUGACAUCACAGGCCGCUGCUACGUCCUGAGUCAGGACCUCACUAUUGAUACGUCCUCUGAUGAAGACGGAGGGAACUGGAAGUUCUGUGAGGGACGUGCCAGAGGCCAUGAGAUGUUUGGCUCAUGCCAGCAGGGUCUGGCUGCCACGUUCACCAAGGACUACCACUACGUGGUGUUUGGAGCGCCUGGCGCCUACAACUGGAAAGGCAUUGUACGUGUAGAGCAAAAGAACAACACUUUGUUGGAAAAGGGAUUUUAUGAUGAUGGGCCUUAUGAAGUUGGAGAUGAGAACCGCUUGGAUCCUGACCUGGUGCCUGUGCCUGCUAACAGCUACCUAGGAUUUUCCCUUGAUUCUGGCUUUAGCAUCACCAAGGGGCGUGGCCUAACUAUUGUGUCUGGGGCACCACGAGCCAAUCACUGUGGGGCUGUGGUCCUGUUGCGAAAAGAGAAUGAAGCGUCGGCAAGACUCUCCCCAGAGUACAUUCUAGAAGGGCCUGGACUGGCAUCGUCUUUUGGAUAUGAUGUAGCUGUGGUCGACCUGAAUGGAGAUGGGUGGCAGGAUAUUGUUGUGGGAGCCCCUCAGUUCUUCAUGAAAGAGGGAGACAUUGGAGGAGCUGUUUAUGUCUACAUCAACCAGGCAGGAAAGUGGGCCAAGAUCACCCCAAUCCGCCUCAAUGGAACCAAAGACUCAAUGUUUGGGCUGGCAGUGGAAAACAUCGGUGACAUCAAUCAGGACUCCUAUCAAGACAUUGCCGUUGGAGCGCCCUACGCUGACGCUGGUGCAGGAAAAGUGUACAUUUACCAUGGUUCUGCUAAUGGAAUCAACACCAUGCCUGCACAGAUCCUUGAGGGAAAGCCCAACAACAUCAGAUUAUUUGGAUAUUCUCUGGCUGGGAACAUGGAUUUAGAUAAGAAUUCCUAUCCUGAUAUAGCCAUUGGGUCGCUCUCAGAUACAGUUCUCGUUUACAGGGCAAGGCCAAUUAUUAGUAUCAAGAAGGAUGUCAAAAUUACUCCGAAGGAAAUUGACUUCACAAAGAAAACCUGUGGCAACAGUAUCUGUUUGACCGUGGAAGCAUGCUUCACCUAUAAAGCAAACCCUGCAUCAUACAGCCCAAAACUAACUAUCCGCUAUGAAUUUGAGGCUGAAGCAGAUCGCAGGAAGCAAGGGCUGAUCUCUAGGGUCUUGUUUCUGAACAAGUCUCACACCGAUCAGGACUUCCAGUCCACCGGAAAUCUGGACCUCCGGGGACAAAACAAAAGAGCGUGUACCAAGACAAAAAUCAGACUGCAGGAUAACAUUAGGGACAAGCUGCGUGGUAUUCCCAUUGAGGUGUCAGUGGGGAUCCUGGCCACCAAGCGGCAGAAGAGGCAGAACGCUCUCCCCCAGCUUGUGCCUAUUCUUGACAACUCCCAGCCAAGCAAGGUCGUCACUGAGGUGAACUUCUUAAAGGAGGGAUGUGGAAAUGAUAAUAUUUGCCAGAGUAACUUACAACUGGAGUACAGAUUCUGCUCCAAAGAGCCCAACCAAGAGGUAUUCCCUCCAUUACAGAUGCAGAAUGGGCUACCAGUGAUCUCCCUCAGUGAUCAGAAGGACAUAGCUCUGGAGGUGACAGUGAGGAACAGAAAUGGGGAUGAUGCCCAUGAGGCUAAGCUGGUGGGGAUGUUCCCUAACGCUCUCUCAUUCUCCGGCUUUCGCUCUCAGAAAACUACGAGGGACAAACCGGUGCUUUGUUUAGCCAAUCAGAAUGGCUCCCAGACAGAGUGUGAACUGGGGAAUCCAUUCAAAACAGAUUCAGAGGUUACUUUCUACAUAAUCUUGAGCACUGCUGGUAUCUCUCUCAAUACUACAGAAAUCGACAUUGACCUUGAGCUUCAAACGACCAGUACACAGGACAAAACGGGCAGUGUGAAAGCAAGGGCAAAAGUAGUGAUUGAGAUGUUACUUUCUGUUGCAGGAAUUGCGAGACCCUCCCAGGUGUAUUUUGGGGGCGAUGUGAAAGGAGAGAGUGCCAUCAAGACAGAAGAGGAGAUUGGCAGUUUGAUCGAUUAUGAAUUUAGGAUAAUCAAUUUGGGUAAGCCGUUGAAGUCCUUUGGCACAGCCACGUUAAACAUCCAGUGGCCCAAAGAGAAUGUGGAUGGGAAGUGGCUGUUAUAUCUGGUUAAGAUCAGCACCACUGGCCUGGAAGAGAUCCCCUGCUCCCCAGAGACUGAGAUCAACUCUCUCAAACACGUUCAGGAGUCUAGCACAUCUAGGAAAAAGCGUGAAGCUGGAGGCAAAAAAUCUGGAGGCAAAAUCUCUUUAUCAGACCAAAGAAAGCACAAGAUUUUGAUGUGUGGCAAUGGCUACGACGCUAGAUGUGUGGUGAUCAAGUGCCCUCUACUGGGCUUGGACAGUAGUGCAGUGAUUUCUCUAAGGUCCCGUCUGUGGAACGCGACCUUCCUUGAGAAUUACGCGUCUUUGAACUAUCUUGAUAUAAUUGUGAAAGCUUCCAUCAGCCUUGAUGCACCUGCAAAGAAUAUGGUUCUCAGGAAUGCUGAGACUCAGGUGAGAGUCACAGUGUUUCCAGAGAAGGCGGUAGCCCAGUUUGGUGGAGUCCCAUGGUGGAUCAUCCUUGUGGCUGUCCUGGCUGGUAUUCUGAUGUUGGCGUUGCUGGUGUUUCUACUCUGGAAGUGUGGUUUCUUCAAGAGAGCCCCACAGUAUGAUGCAGCGUAUCACAAGGCACAGAUCCAUGUUCAGCCCUCUGACAAAGAGGAACUCACUACUGAGACAUAGUGCCUGACCUCUGCACUCAGACCUGGGUGUGGAUUUUUCAAACGCUCACAACAUGAUGACAGCGUUCCAAGAUACCAUGCCGUACGGAUAAAGAAGGAGGCUUGUCAGUUUAAAGACGGAAAAGCCAAGAUGGAUUCCUUUGAGAAAAAGCAGUGGAUGACAAGCUGGAAUGAGAACGAGAGCUACUCAUGAGACACUUGACUGUUGGGAUACGGUCAGAUACAAUAAUCUCCUAUUAUUCUAAACAUCCAAUGACUGCAUUUGGGAAGCAAACUACAAAAGAAAAAUGUUCUAUUCUCCCCAAGGACUCUCAGAUGAAAAUCUAUCCUGUGUCCUAUCUGAGGAAAUGAGAAGCAUCACGUCUUACAUUUGGGUAGAAAAAGGGAAAUUGGGACUUUGAAAUCCAUUAUCUGCCACUGAUACAGUUUUUAAUGACAUGAUGAAUUGAGUUUUAAUCUCCAAUGUUUAGCUGUAGAUAAUCUUUCUGCUGUGUUUUUUUGCAGUCAGUUUUAUCCAAUCUCUAUAUUGUAUAAUCCCUGCAAUGUAUAGCCUGGAACAUUCUGUAUGUUUUGUAUAUAUUUAAAUACUUUAACACACUGUAUAUUUAUUUUUGUCAUUAUCUGUAUAAAAAAACAGAUAUGCAUUGGCCAAAGUCUUUUUUUAUUUUUUUUAAUCUAAAGUUACUUUUCAGUAGAAUAAGUAAGGGUAAAUGGUACUGCUGAUUUUCUAGUGCUGCACAGACUAAAAAGUAGCUACAGGUAUUAUGUGAAUAAUAUUGUCAUUGGGACUCAUUCUUUGCACUUGUUAUGAUUAUUAAAAAAGGUAUGUCAUUUCUACACAAGUCAUAAAAGUUUAUGCAAUGCCUCUCAAUUCCCGAAUUUAUGAAUAUUUCUAAGACAGUUAUGAGUUGGAGAUAUAUAACUGAUUCACACCAAACCUCUGUUUAUCCAAUACAGUGCCCCUGUCAAAGCCAUUUCAUAUGCGCAAAUACUGUACUGGGUGAUACUUCAGUAGCAUGCAGCUGGGACAAUUGGAGCUGAAAGAAGCAAUAAAAUGCAGUUUAUUGUUUUGCUAAUUUUAUUUUAGCAUUCCUGAGUAAGAAGGAAGGCACUCAGUAAUGGUAUUUGUAAAGUGUGUCUUGAAGGACAAGAUGCCACCUGACAUAAGAAUCACAAUACAAACCCCCGAAAUGCCGACUUCAGAAAGUGAUCUUGUUGAUGAAUGCUGUCUGUAGGCCUAUCAGACUUCAUUUGAUAUGGAAGCUAUUCAAAGGGUAAUUGCUGUGGAAUGGUGAUCAAUGAGAAGCAUUAGGCGCUUUCACACUGCACCUUAGCUCAGGGUUAACAAAUGCUUGUGUGAACACUGACUAAGCUAGCCCAGGGCCAGUCUAGUCUGGGGCUAAGAACAAUGCAGUGUGAAAAGGCCUAUUUAGUAGUAGGCCUACCCAAAACAUGUUUUGAAAAAAAAGAAAUGUAAGUCUCAUCACUGGCUCUUCAUUCAUUCCUCUAUUCAGAUGUUUUGAAUAUUGUGCUUUGUGACAAAUUGCAAUAAAAAGAGAAUAAUGGCUCAUAGUUCUACAA